AUGGCUCUCUGGGAACAAGGAGGUAGUAGUGGCUUUCAACAACGAAAAACUGGAGCUGAAGGUGAUGGCAAUAAUGUACAACGUUCAUCCAUUAAAGGUGUGUUAACAUGUACAAUAGCAACUAUUCUUAAUGCAAAACAUUCCGAGUCAGAUAAUUGUUUCGUUUAUAAACAUUUAAAAUUCAAUACAGUUAUGAUCAUGGGUUUAAUUCGUGAAACAAAUCAUGAAGCAAAUGGUAGUUUAGCUACAUAUAAUAUCGAUGAUCAUUCCGGUGGCUUAAUGGAAAUUAAAUGGUGGCAUGAUGAUUCUGCUGAACCAAUUAAACCUUUAACUUAUGCUAAAGUUGUUGGUCAAAUUAAAGUAUUUGCUGGUAAAACACAUGUUGUUGCACAUCAUGUUAGUAAAAUGCAAUCAUUAAAUGAAUUAAUUGCUCAUAAUAUUGAAUGUAUUCAUGCUAGUAUAUCCAUUCGUAAACAAACUGACACAAGUGGAAUGAAUGCAACAAAAACAAAUAAUUCCGAUUUUGGUCAUAGUACUCAACAAACAUCAGCAAUAUCUAAUGGAUUUUCAACAGUUCAAAAUGCAGUUCUUAAUCUUUUAAAAACUGUAACAACAAUAUCAGGUUACAGUGUAACUGAAAUAUGUAAACAAUUAAAGCAAUUUAGUGAAACUCAAGUCAAACAAGCAUUAGAAUUUCUCUCUGGUGAGGGUCAUAUCUAUUCAACAACUGAUGAUGAUCAUUUUCGUGCUGCAAGCAACAAUUAG